CGCUCAGAUCUGUGUAGAGAGAGACCCAACACAACAACACAACACUACAGAAGAAACAACACACACAGCAACCUCUUUCUCUCUCUAAACCUCUCUCUUUCUCUCUCCUCGGAGCUUGAAGAAGAUAAACCUCUCCCUUUCUCUCUCUAUAACUACAAUGCCAGCUAGUGAGACAGAUUUUGAUCUCAGACCGUCUUCUCAGUCCGCCUUUGGAAUGGGAGAGUUUACAUUUGCUGAUGUUGGAAACUUGGAGCAUUGCAUCAAGUAUUUGAAUCAGACUCUUGUUACGUUUGGGUUUCCGGCUUCGCUUGAUCUCUUUGCAAAUGAUCCUGUUUCAGUUGCUCGUACUUGCAAUUGUAUGUAUGCUUUAAUUCAACAGAGGCAGCGUGAUGUUGAAUUCAGGGAAUCUGCUAAUGAACAGAGACAACGAUUGUUGUCUGACAUUACAAGAUUAGAAGCUAAAGUUGAGAGACUUGAAGGGCAGAUACAAGUUAAAGAUAGGGAGAUAGCAACAAUUACUAGAACAGAAGCUAAAUCCACUGCCACCUUUAAGGCCCAAAUUGAGAAGUUGCAGCAAGAAAGAGAUGAGUUUCAAAGAAUGGUGAUUGGUAAUCAGCAAGUAAGGACUCAACAAAUACAUGAGACAAAGAAAAAAGAAAAAGAGUACAUGAAGUUGCAGGAGAGGCUAAACCAAGUUUUAAAUGAGAAAAAGAAGGAAUCUAGGUCAGGCAUGGAGAUAAUGAAUUUGCUUCAGAAAGAAGGCAGGCAACGUGGAACAUGGAAUGGGAAGAAGGCCGACAAUGAUUUUUAUAAAAAAAUUGUGGAUGCUUACGAGACAAAAAAUCAAGAGUUGAUGCAAGAGAAUGGUGAUUUAAAGGCAUUAUUACGAUCAAUGCAGGUGGAUAUGCGAGAUUUUAUAAAUGCUCCAAAUGGGUUGUCUAAGGUGUCUGCAGCAGUAAAUGAAGGAGCGGAUGCUGAUCCUGCUCGGUCUCCAUUUGGUGGAAGGACGGAUGUCUUUGAUCUGCCGUUUCACAUGGCUAGAGAUAAAAUAGAAGAAAGCCUUCGAACUAAGAUGGCUUCCAUAAAGGAGCGCAUGGUUCAAUUGCAAGAUGCACAAAAAGGAGCAGAAGUUACUUCCGAAGCAACUGAACGAGAGCUUGAGCUCGAAGCUCAACUUGUCGAGGCAAGGAGCAUAAUUCAGGAGCAGGCGUCUAUUAUGUCUAAACAUAUUGCAAAAUCUGAGAGACCAAGGAAUCUGAAUGGCCAUUUUAAUUCUAGCAGGGAAGGUAUCGUCUCUUCACCCGCCGAGGGGGUAUGCAAUUAAAUGAGGCUGAUGAAUUUUGGCCAAUAUGGAGUUGGCUAACUGAUGAGAUGAAUAUAUGGUAUGAUUAUGUGUAUUUGCUAUUAUGAUGAGCAAAUCAAUAUGUCUUUAGUAUUUUGUAUACAUUAUUAUUGAUCCUGAGUGGAGGAACAUAUUAAUCAUAGAUUUGAAUUAGCGUAGAGUGCAAUAUAUCCUCUUAUGUAAUUAUUCGUCUA